AUGCUUCCAUCAAUUUACGGGGAAUUGAAGAGUCAUCUACUGAAUGAAAAGCCUGUGUGGAAGUCUCUUGCAUGCGCCCAAGAAGCUCCGCAAACAGCGAUAGGUGGCCUAGAUCAGUUAAAGAAAAGCAAAUUCGAAGAUGAGGAUUCGGACGAAGAAGAACACUUCGUCGACGCCGACAAGCAGGAAACCAAAGAAACAAGAAAUAAAACCGUGUCCGAAACAGAGAAAAGCAAGGGGUGGCAUCAUCGCGAAAAAGUAAGCAGAAGCGAUUUCGACGCUUGGGCCCGAAAUCCUAGUUACAGCAAUGUAGACGGCGAGAAGGCAUGGGAACUGGUCUCAAUGGCAAACCACUUCCACCCGUCCGUCUCGAUGUUUGCGAAAAAUGUCAUUUCUGGUGGGGACGAGAAAUAUCCUGGCGACCCGCUGAACGAUUUUACUAUAAUGCGUUUCUUGGAUCGAUUUGUGUAUAAAAAUCCGAAAGCGGAAAGAAAAUCGCCCAGAAGCAUCAAUCAACGCCGGGUCAAUAAGUAUCUCGACACGCAUCAGUUACCAGUUACUUCUUUGGAGUUCCUUCAAGCCAAAGAGCACGAGCUUGGACCACAUGAUCGUUUUAUGCAAAAGUUCUUCCAAAUGCGAGCUUCUGGCGUGACUUCGAAAGCAAAAGAAGAUCAGGAUAUUGACGAUGUGGACGACGACGAGUUUGACAGAAUCCUUGACGGCGAUCUUCGUGGCUGGGAGAACCGUGUUGGCAAGAUUGACUCCACUCUAGCUACUCCUAAGCAGCGGAAAGCAAUGAAAAAACGCGGGGAUCUGGAGGAGCUCGAAGAUUUGGACGACGAUGAUAUUGAUUUUGGCGAUUUAUACUCGGAUGAUGAAAAUGAAGAAGAGGAAGAGAUCAGUCCCGAGCUCAUAGAAGACUACGACGGAAUUCUGAGCGAUGAAGAUGAAGAAGAGAGUCCAACGAAGCGGGUGAAGCUUGCGAAAUUAGAACAAGAUGCAGAGCAAGUUGGGGACCUGCUGGACGACGCUGGCAUACUUUCUAAACAAGAAAAGUGGGAGCAAGGAAGGAAUAAGAAGAGGGGCGUAAAGAAUAAUAUAAAAUCGAAGGGCCCGCGAAAACGAACGGGAAAAAUGAAGUCAACAAAAAAAAGAUAG